AUGAGCACUGAUAUCCCAAUUAUAGAUUACCAGCAGGUAUCGACGUCGCCAGAGACCGUUGCGCAGGAGCUUCUUCAGGCAUGUGCCGACUGGGGCUUCUUCUACGUGAAGAACCAUCCUAUACCACAAGUCGCUGUCGAUGGUAUAUUUGAUCUUGAGAAGAGAUUUUUCGCACAACCCCUCGAAACCAAACUCCAAGCACCAUACAUACCAGCCAAAAACGCCGGGUUCAAACCUGCCAGCUCCAAUGGCGCCUACGGCACCUUCAAAGACCCCCGGGAGGCAUUCAGCAUCAACAAAUGGCCGACAGCAACAGACGCAUCAGGAGCACCGCUCUCACCGAUCCUGAACGAAGCUCGUGACCAGAUCCAAUCCUUCCAGAAACAAGUCCAGUCGUUUACGAGACGCCUGCUCGAACUGAUUGCACAGGCACUUGACCUCCCACGCGACCAGUUCACGGCCCAACACGAUCCCGACGCCAUCAAUUUUGACAACUUUGAACUCAUGCACUACCCACCGGUCGCACAGUUGUCGACGACGACUGCGGCAGCAGCAGCAGGACAAAAUGUCGCCAAGUUUCGCAUCUCCCCGCACACAGACUGGGGAACACUGACCCUACUCUUCCAGCAAUCCAUAGGCGGCCUACAGGUGAGGCCACCGCACUACACGGCGCCCGAGCUGGAUUUGAACAACGAGACCUGGACGCCCGCGCCCGUGUUCAACGACAUGGUCCUCAUCAACAUCGGGGACAUGCUCGAAUUCUGGACGGCGGGAGCGUUGAAGUCGACGUGGCAUCGGGUCGUGCCAACGGCAGCCCACGGCGGAGUGGACAGGUACACGUUUGCGUACUUUUUGCACCCGAACAAGGACGCCGUGUUGGUGCCGAUCGAGGCCAUGAAGAGAGACGGGUGGAUCCCGCGGUAUGCCGGCAUAGGACGCACGGCGGAAGCGCACAUCCACGCCCGGAUCGCCGGGGUGCAUGGGAAGAAGCAGGAAAAUGGACAGGCCAAGGUGGAAAGCACCCAGCAGAAUAUGGUUGUGAAAGAGGUGGCGGCAUAGCACUAUAGCUUUGGGUGCGAUAAG